ACUCUACGAGGCCGACGGAUGAAAACUGCAGGGGAUCGUGUCAAGUUACGUGUCGCGUCGGGGACGUCGGGGUUAACCAAUGAGAAUAAUAAGCAUGCACAGUGCAUUCCGACUUGUUCGACACUUGCGACUUUGUUCAGCACUACUGAAUUACUCAGGUAGUCGAUGAACGGCCUUUGGUUGGAGUGCAUGUUAUUUUAUUCCGGGUUUGUUUUCGGGUCGUCGUUGUCGAAUAGUCACGCGUGUUUAACGGACCGGGAUACGUUAUGGGAUCCUGAUAGUACACGUGAAUACUCUCGUCCGAAGACAGCAAGUGGUUCUUAACUGCAAGAAGAGACUUCUGUGAGACGACUCCGUCAUGGAUGGAAAAGCGUACAACGAGAAAGUAAAGAAUCCCAGAGCGGGCGCCAACAUCUUCAGCAUCUUGACGUUCUCUUGGAUUCUACGCAUUUUCUGGGUGGGUUAUCGCCGAGAUCUUGAAGUAACUGAUUUGUACACACCGCUUAAAGAACAUACAAGUGGUAUUCUUGGUGUUAAAAUAGCGAAGGCCUGGGAGGAAGAAUGCGAGGCCUAUCAGCGUCGACUGGAGCAGGUCGCGAAGAGCGGGUCACAGAAGAAGGUCAAGGAGCCCAGCUUGAUGAGAGUCCUCAUCAGGUGUUUUGGUUUGACGACUCUACUGUAUGGCCUUUUUAUGGCCGUUAUGGAGAUCUUGCUCAGAGUGAUGCAACCGUUGUUGGUGGGCCAAAUGCUGCUCUACUUUAACACCAUGGACAUCGACAAGUCCUAUGCGUAUGGAUGCGCCGUCGGUGUCAUUUUAUGCUCCGCUCUCAAUGUGUUUGUCAUACAUCCGUACAUGAUGGGUAUUUUACAUAUGGGCAUGAAGGUCCGCGUGGCCUGCUGCUCAUUGAUUUACCGUAAGACAUUAAAAAUGACUAGAACCGCACUGGGUGAGACGACAAUCGGCCAGGCAGUAAAUUUGUUGUCCAAUGACGUCAAUAGAUUUGACGUCAGUAUUAUAUUUCUCCAUUAUCUAUGGCUCGGGCCUUUGGAAACUAUCAUCAUCACGUACGUCAUGUACCAUGUUCUCGAUGUAGGAGUGUCGUCUAUUAUCGGUGUUGCUUCUCUGCUGAUGUUCAUCCCUUUACAAGCAUGGCUGGGCAAGAAGUCGUCGGAACUGAGAUUAAGGACCGCCAUUAGGACUGACGAGAGAGUGCGAUUAACAAAUGAAAUUAUCAGCGGAAUCCAAGCAAUCAAGAUGUACACUUGGGAAAAACCAUUCAGCGCGCUCAUAGAAAAAGCAAGGAAGAAGGAAGUUAAUGUCAUCCGAUGGGCAUCGUAUAUCAGAGGUGUGACUUUAUCGUUUAUCAUCUUUUCAACGAGGAUGUCACUGUUCAUCACAGUGCUGGCUUACGUGUUGUUCGGCUACAAAGUAACGGCCGAAAAGGUGUUCGUGAUAACCGCCUAUUACAAUAGCUUACGUACAACCAUGACUGUUUUCUUUCCGCAAGGGAUAACACAAGUAGCGGAAGCGAUGGUAUCCAUAAGACGUCUGCAAAAGUUCUUAAUGUAUGACGAAUUAACACCUUCUAAAAUUGAAACAAAGAAGAGCAACACGGAGAAUAAUGAAAAAGAUGUAAAAGAGAAUAACAAAACUGCGAUGGAGAAUAAUCAAAACGACACGAAGGAAAAUCUGAUUGAGCAGAAGGAGGACGACGACACGAUCGUACACCAGCCGAACUACGUCGAGCACAGCAUCUGCAUUGAGAACGGCACUGCCAAGUGGCUGGAUUAUGACAGAGAAGACACCCUACAAGGUAUCAACAUUAAGGUGCGUCCCGGCGAACUGAUUGCUGUCGUCGGCCAGGUCGGCACGGGCAAGAGCAGUUUAUUGAACGUCAUCCUGAAAGAACUGCGUUUGCAAAAAGGUUCCAUUCAAGUUAAUGGAAAGAUUGCUUAUGCGAGUCAAGAACCGUGGCUUUUCGCAGGAUCGGUGAGACAAAAUAUUUUAUUCGGAAGAAAGAUGGAUCAGCUUCGAUAUGAUCGCGUGACUAAAGUGUGUCAGUUAAAGAGAGAUUUCAGCCUGCUGCCUUACGGUGAUAAGACAAUUGUAGGGGAGAGGGGUGUCAGUCUUUCCGGUGGCCAGCGUGCAAGAAUAAAUUUAGCGAGAGCCGUUUACGCUGAUGCCGACAUAUAUCUCAUGGAUGAUCCUUUGAGCGCCGUAGACGCCCAUGUGGGCAAACACAUGUUUGAUGAAUGUGUCAAUAAAUACUUACGAGGCAAGACUCGGAUUCUCGUCACUCAUCAAUUGCAAUAUCUUCGCGACGUCGGUAGAAUUAUCGUUCUCAAAGACGGAACUAUUCAGGCUGAAGGCACUUAUGAUGAGCUGGGAUCUAUGGGAGUGGACUUCGGUCGAUUGUUGGAAAAUCAAACAAAAACGGAUGAGAAAUCUUCUCACCCCCCCUCGGCUCCCGUUAGUCGUAGUAAUUCGCGCAAUGCCAGCAUCUCGUCAUUGAGUUCUUUUAUGACGAAUGAUACUUCGAAACAGGAACCUGAUGAAGUGGCUGAGAUGCGAACUGUAGGCACUGUUUCUGGCGAAGUAUAUACGAGUUACUUACGCGCUGGCGGGAAUUGGUGCGUUAUAUCCAUAGUGACUAUGCUUUGUAUAUUGACACAAUUAGCGGCUAGCGGCGGUGACUUUUUUCUCGCGCAAUGGGUUAAUAUAGAGGAACAUUAUAUGAACCAAACGGAUGACGGUAUUGUGGAAGAUCCGAGAAGUCCCCUCACUCGCAUGCAGUGUAUCUACAUUUUCAGCGGCCUAACUGUGCUCACAAUUUGUAUUACUCUGAUUCGCUCAUGGGCUUUCUUCUGGACGUGUAUGCGGGCCUCAAUGCGUUUGCACGAUCGUAUGUUCCGCAGCAUCAGUCGCGCUACUAUGCGAUUCUUUAACACCAAUACAUCGGGACGUGUGCUUAAUCGUUUUUCGAAGGAUGUGGGAGCUGUUGACGAGAUGCUUCCAACUGCGCUUAUCGAUUGUCUUCAGAUCGGAUUAACGCUUUUGGGCAUCAUUAUCGUAGUAGCUAUCGCGAACGUGUGGUUGUUAAUACCCACAACGAUAGUCGGUAUUGUCUUUUAUUACCUGAGAAUCUUCUACCUGGCCACCAGUCGCAGUGUGAAGCGUCUCGAAGGCAUCACCCGCUCGCCGGUUUUCGCUCAUCUGAGCGCGACUCUUCAAGGGUUACCGACGAUCCGCGCGUUUGAAGCAGAAGCGAUCCUCACGAAGGAGUUUGAUAAUCACCAAGACCUCCAUUCGUCCGCGUGGUACAUCUUCAUCGCGUCUUCGCGUGCUUUCGGUUUCUGGCUGGAUGUUUUCUGUGUGUUAUAUAUUAUGUUAGUCACACUGAGCUUUCUCGUGUUAGACAAUUACAGUCGAGGUUCAAUGGAUGGCGGAUUUGUAGGCCUGGCGAUUACACAGAGUAUCGGUCUCACCGGCAUGUUCCAAUGGGGCAUGCGCCAAAGUGCUGAGUUGGAAAACCAGAUGACCUCGGUGGAGCGCAUCCUUGAAUAUAGCAAAGUGGACAGUGAGCCUCCUCUCGAGAGUGUCCCUGAUAAAAAGCCUAAAUCCGAGUGGCCGCAGAAAGCCAAGAUCGAGUUCAAGAAUGUAUUCCUGCGCUACGCGCCGCUGGAACCGCCAGUGCUCAGAAACCUCUGCUUUGUCGUUCUUCCUCGGGAAAAAAUCGGCAUCGUCGGUAGGACUGGCGCAGGCAAGUCGUCCCUGAUCCAGGCACUCUUCCGCCUGGCUGACGUGGAUGGUUUGAUUGAGAUCGACGCAAUCGACACGAGUCAAAUCGGUUUACAUGAUCUCCGUUGCAAGAUCAGCAUUAUCCCGCAGGAACCAUUCCUAUUCUCCGGCAGUCUGAGACGGAAUCUCGAUCCGUUCGAUUUGUAUCCAGAUGAACCCCUGUGGCGAGCCCUUGAGGAGGUCGAGUUGAAGGAAAUAGGCUUGGAGGCCCACAUCAAUGAGGGCGGCUCCAAUCUCAGCGUUGGCCAGCGGCAGUUGGUCUGUCUGGCGCGCGCAAUUGUGAGGAAUAAUCCGAUACUCGUGUUGGACGAAGCGACCGCGAAUGUGGACCCGCGAACAGACGAACUCAUUCAAACAACUAUCAGGAAGAAAUUCGAGAAAUGUACGGUAUUAACGAUUGCCCAUCGACUCAACACUGUUAUGGACAGCGAUCGCAUACUAGUGAUGGACGCUGGCAACGCUGUGGAAUUCGAUCAUCCCCAUGUGCUGCUGCAGAAGGAGUCGGGCUACCUGAAAAGCAUGGUACAGGAAACCGGCACGGCGAUGGCGGAGGCUCUGGCCGGCGUCGCCCGCAACUGCUAUCAGAGUCGCGAAUUUACGGCGCUUUGAUUCACGGUGUUAAGUAAUUUCUCGUAAUUGUGUCUAACGGACACCGUAAUGGGCCUUUUACAAUAAGCCAUUAAUCAUAAAUCAGAAGAAUGGCAACUGUAAUUGAUCAAUUUUUAGCUUUUAACUUCUGAUUUAUGACUAAUGGCUUAUUGUAGAAGGUCCACAAUAGGUCGCUACGAAGGUUCCGUUUUUUGCAGGCAGUUCUUAGGCAAAAUUCUUGGAAUUUAAAAAAUAAGAAGAGUGGAACGUAGAUGAAAUUCAAUCCUAGAAUUUAGAAUUUAUAGUCAUCGAUGUUUACUCUCUUAUAUUAUCUCCGUCUUCUACAUUCUGUUCGCAUUUCAUUCUUCCAAUGUAUCACAGUUUUCUAGAUUCUUCAAUUAGAAUUAUUAGCAUCCCUGAAUGGAAAUGUAAAGAAUUAUAAAUGAUAAUCUAAAGCAAGAUAUGAAGAUAUUAUAGAGAUAAGAAAAAAUUUGGGAUGUUAAGGAUUUAGAUUACCAUAAAAUGUAAAUGCAAUUUAAAAUUAAUUAAGUGUUAAUUAAGAAAUGUAAAAAUCUAGGAAUGUGUGUAGUCAAAAUCGAAUUUAAAAUUGCAGGGAGCUAAUUAGAAGAAUUCGGAGAUUUAAGGGAACCGAGAACUUGUC